UGCGCUGCCCUGCCGCCCUCUCGUUCGCUACUUAGCAUUUCCUACCAACCACAAUUCCUUUCUAUCUUUAACCGGUCCUACCAAACCAUCCUCUUCCACCCUUUGUCACUCUUUUUGUGUGUUUGUGUGUUUGAUUCGUUUCCUUCUCUCCACGGUAGCAGCGGCAACGGCAUCAACAGCAGCAGCAGCAUCACUUCAGUCUUGGAAGAGAAGUGGAAGAAGAGAAAAAAAAGGAAACAAAGCUAUCGCGUUAUCGAGCAUCCAAAAUGGCUGUGGGAACAGUUCUCGUCACCGGUGGUACUGGCUACAUUGGCUCCUUCACCACCCUCGCCCUUCUCGACAACGGCUACGAUGUCGUCAUUGUCGAUAGUCUCCUCAAUUCGUCCAAGGCCGCCUUAGACCGCAUCGAGCUUAUCUGCGGCAAGCGUCCCACCUUCUACCAGGUCGACAUCACAGAUGAGGCCGGCCUCGACGAUGUGUUUUCCAAGCACCCCGACAUCGACAGCGUCAUUCACUUUGCCGCCCUCAAGGCCGUUGGCGAGUCUGGCGAAAUCCCACUGGAGUACUACCGUGUCAAUGUCGGCGGCAGCAUCACCCUGCUCCGCUCCAUGGCCAAGCACAAUGUCUCCAACAUUGUCUUCUCGUCCUCCGCCACUGUCUACGGUGAUGCCACCCGUAUUCCUGGCAUGAUCCCCAUUCCCGAGAACUGCCCCAUUGGCCCCACCAACACAUAUGGUCAUACAAAGGUGAUGAUUGAGACCGUCAUUAGCGACCAUAUUGAAGCCGAAAGGAGGAAGGCCAAAAAGGCGGGCAAGCCCUUCGAGCAGUGGAACGGCGCUUUGCUCCGCUACUUCAACCCUUGCGGUGCUCAUCCCAGCGGUAUCAUGGGCGAGGACCCUCAAGGUGUUCCUUACAACCUCUUGCCUUUGCUUGGCAAGGUAGCGACUGGGGAGAGAGACAAGCUUUUGGUAUUCGGUGACGACUACGCCUCCAAGGAUGGCACUGCGAUUCGCGACUAUAUCCAUGUCCUUGACCUUGCCAGCGGUCACCUUGCCGCCCUCAACUACCUCCGCGAAAAGAAGCCUGGUGUCAAGGCCUGGAACCUUGGCUCCGGUCGUGGCAGCACAGUCUUCGAGAUGAUCAAGGCUUUCAGCAAGGUUGUCGGUCGUGACCUGCCCUACCAGGUUGUCGACAGGAGACUCGGCGAUGUGUUGGAUCUGACUGCCAACCCCGCGCUUGCCAACGAGGAGCUCCAGUGGAAGACAAAGCUCACCCUGGAGGACGCAUGCGCCGAUCUAUGGCGCUGGGUGGAGAACAACCCCAAGGGUUACCGACAAGAUCCGCCGGCCGAGCUCUUGGAGAAGCUCAAGGCCAGCAAGGCCGUCAAGAACUAAAAGGGGCUCUCGGGCUCUUCACUGCUUUACGACCACCCUUUUAUUCUUGUUUUUUUUUUUUUUUUACCUUCACACUUAUUACAUUCUGGCUUCUAUCGUUUUGGGGCUUCUGGGUCGCAUCACACUGUUUUAACAAUUCCCCCUUUGCUUUAUUCCCCCCCUUUUUUUUCUGUUACGACUGUGUUAUGAUUUCUUCCGCUACGUUGCUACGUAUUGCUCAAGUUCAUGACACCCCCUCCGAUUGAACGUAAUCAACCUCAUAGAUAGCAUCUCAUAGAAGAAUACCGAGGUGAAAGUCUGCAUGAAUUCUGCAUGCCGU